AUGUCACGUGACCAGUACUUCCUGUUGUAAAGAACGUCGUGCCAGUCGUAGGUUCGCAGCAGAUAUCAACCUUGAUUUUCCUAUAAUUGAACAGUUUAAGAUCAACCCAGGGUUGCCGUUUCUGUCAAUAAUGAAUAUGAAAUGGCCACUACACAGAAUGUUCCACACAUGGCUUGCGAUGCAAGCUUUCUUUGCUUCGUCGUUGUGUUUUACUGAUCCGGAUGGUGGGCCAUUUGCCACUUCUCAGGGUAAUGGAGAACGAUUCAAAAUUGAGGGUCGCGCAAUUGUUCCAAACGCAAAAACACAGGAUUGGGUAUCCUCAUCGCGUGUUCUUGUUGAAGGAGAGGAGUUUGUUGGAUUCUUGAGGACGGACGGCAGCUUUGUUGUCAAUGAUGUUCCAUCGGGCUCCUACGUUGUGGAGGUGAUCUCGCCUACUUUCAAAUUCGAACCGGUCAGAGUAGACAUCACCUCAAAAGGCAAAAUCAGGGCACGGCGGGUCAAUCACAUCAAGACUUCAGAUGUCACCCGGCAGACAUAUCCUCUCCUGAUGCGGGCUCUUGGUCGCCAGAGUUAUUUCUUUGAGAGGGAAAAAUGGGGCUGGUCUGACUUCCUGAUGAAUCCUAUGGUGAUGAUGAUGGUCCUGCCAUUGGUGAUUAUAGUUCUGCUUCCCAAAGUCGUCAACACCAAUGAUCCAGAGAUGAGAAAGGAGAUGGAGCAGUCCAUGAACAUGUUGAACCCCAACCCAGAGCUGCCUGACGUGUCCGAGUUCAUGACCAAACUCUUCUCCAAAGGGUCCAGCAAGCCAGCCGGGGGUAGUAAGGGCAGCCGCAGUGCAGCGGUCAAGAGGAGGUAGUGCUGGGUACACUCCACUCAACUGAAUGUCCAGUGCUACUGCAUCUGCAUCAACCUCUUUCUCUUCUAAUCUAAUGCAUUUUGUUUCUCUCUCCUCCUUUUGUAAAUAUGUUUUAUAUUUUCACCCAUUACACCACAAAUAACUGCAGUCAUUUGUUGUAGUACUGAGGCGAAGAUGAUGGUGGGUUUGGUCAUGGAGAGUUUGACAUUGUUUUGUGUAAUAAUAUUUGUGCACACCUGUGUUGUUUUUUUCCUUCUUACAAACCAUUCUCGUCUCAUUGAUUUACAAAAAAACAAAACACAGUUGGUUUAUUUGGACCACUUGCAAACAAGUCAUCUCUCCUCACAGCCCUCAAAAACUGUCUUUGAAUCAGGUGAAUAGCAACAUAUUAAUUCUUAACUCAGAUUCUUAUACUGCUGCUGCACUUGAUAUUCCAUUUUAUAAGUGACAGAUUCAACUCUUCCAGUGUACCUACAGGGGGGUCGGUUCCAUUUCACAAUUUCAAAUGCUGAACACGACGGUACAGUGAUGAUUGUGUGAAGACGUAUGUGAACAUGUUGAGUUAUCAUUCCGUUUCCUUACUAUGGUAUCCACGUUUCAUGGAUUUUGUGAAAGUGAAACCGACCCACCCCCCCCACACACACACACACACACACACACACACACACACACACAAUCUAUAUUUCCACUGCUACUUGAACAAAAAGUUAUAUGCCUGAAUAUACAUUUAAGAGAUUUUUGUUGUUGACCUAGCAUACGUUACUGUGAAUGGAAAUGAGAAUUUUUAGCUAUAUGAGACUUUAUUUAAAUAAAGUUAUGAUCACUUGUGAUGGUU